GCUUGCUUUGUAAAAGUCAUUGUCUGUCUUGCUUGACGCUUGUGGUUAACAUAAUUUUAUCUUUUGUUUUAUUUUUCAAAUGUUUUAUCUAUUUAAUUAAAGCUAAUUGCUAAUUAUCUAUAGUGCUUGUUUACGUGAUCAUAAAUUUUGACAUCAGGAUAGAGAACGCCCAACAUGGCGUGGACAGCACAUCAGAGGUUUCUCGGCGUGAUGCUGGUGGUGACAGGCUCCAUAAACUCACUGAGUACUAAAUGGGCUGACAAGUUGCAAGCCAAGGGCUCUGAUGGACAGGUCCGGGACUUCGAACAUCCAUUUCUGCAGGCAGCGGCUAUGUUUCUGGGUGAAAUGCUGUGCCUGCUGACAUUUAAACUGGUUCAGUAUAGGACUAAGAACUCGGGGGGCCAUGCUCUCACCAAUGGCAACCAGAACUUCAAUCCCUUCGUUUUGAUGCCUGCUGCUAUGUUUGAUCUGAUUGGAACUUCGAUCAUGUACAUCGGCCUGACCCUGACAUACGUGAGCAGUUUCCAAAUGUUCCGAGGCUCCAUCAUCAUCUUUGUGGCUGUGCUGUCUAUGACCUUCCUGGACCGGCGGAUCAUCAGACGUGAAUGGGUCGGCAUAGUGAGCGUGAUCAUCGGUCUGGUAGUAGUGGGUGUGACAGAUGCUCUGUACCAGAACCCCGGCGAGUCCAAGGGCAGGAACAGCCUGAUCACUGGUGACCUGCUCAUCAUUGUAGCCCAAGUCAUCUCUUCCUGCCAAAUGGUUUACGAGGAGAAAUACGUUGCAGGACAGAACAUUCCUCCACUGCAAGCUGUGGGUUGGGAGGGGGUGUUCGGCUUCUCAGUGCUGUCGGGUCUGCUGGUCAUCUUCUACUGGACCCCUGCGCCCCCACACUUCGGCAACAACGCUAGAGGCACCGUGGAAGAUGUCGUCGAUGGAUUAGUGCAGAUCGGAAACAAUCCUUUGAUCCUGCUAGCAACCUUGGGCACUAUCAUCUCGAUCGCGUUCUUCAACUUCGCCGGAAUCAGCGUCACCAAGGAAAUGUCUGCUACCACCAGAAUGGUCCUGGAUUCUGUCAGGACAUUCGUGAUAUGGAUGGUGUCUCUCGCGGUGCGCUGGCAGGCGUUCCACUGGCAGCACCUGAUCGGGUUCGCGGUGCUGAUCUUCGGCAUGUGCGAGUACAACGGCGUGGUGCCGCGCUGCUCGCGGGCCGCCGCCGAGCGUGCCGACGACGCCGAGAGCCCCGUCAUCGCCGACGCCGACCGACCCACCCCCGACAACGAACAAUAGGGAAAGCAGUCGUUACCAAUUCCGUGCCCACCCUCUACGCACCCCAUCCAGGGGACUCUAGACUGGCCACUGAAUUUGUAAACGCAGUGCAAUCAAAGAACAUUCUUAACAUGUUCACAAAAGACUUGGCUAAAUACUCUUUUUGAAACUUAAGAAAUUUUAAAUCGUGGAAGUCUCAGUGUGAUAAGCAAUACCAUUCAAUUAUAUUGUGUGUCCUUCACUAAUGUUUCAUAGUUCUGUAGCGGGUGAAUACAAUUUUAUUAAAUGCAAUUUAUUCCGUGUUGACUUUGCUAGUUAAGUAGAUAUCUCUGAUGUAGUGUUUCACGUUCAAUUAUAUCGAUACACUUUAUAAAACAUAUAUUUACGUUAUGUACUUGCGAACAGUUUGUUAAUUCCUAACUUCCGUGUAUUAAGGGUAGAAAUAUUAUUUUCACUAACUUAGAGAUUUCAUAUAUUUUAUAAAACUAUUGAUGUUUUUAUCGAAUAAUGAAUGUUUUUAUAUUAUGUAUGUUCACUAACGGCCAGUUUCUUCAUCAAAAGUUAAAGUUAAAGUAAUGUCUAAAGUAAAAGUAACGGUCAAAUAUGUUUUUUCAAGGCUAAAGUGACAGCAAAACUAAUAGAAAAAUUGAAUUUGACCGUUACUUUUACUUUAGACAUUACUUUGACUUUUACUUGGGCUUUAACUUUUGAUGAAGAAACUGGCUGUAAGUAAUUAUACCGUAGAUAGGAUGAUAUUAGUCGGAAACAAAUUGACUAGGUGUCACUACAGCCUUCGCUAAAGAUACUUUAUAUUAAGAAAAGAUUCAUGCUACAUUUUUGCGAGAAUAAAUAUAGGAAUUAAAGAAUGAAAUCUGAAAAGGAAGACAAUAAAGCAGCUGCACCUUCGAGUAGAGUUAGCGUCUCGCAAGAAUGCAGGCAACACUAAUUCCUUACAUAUGGCAAGUGCAGUUUGACGCUGCACUCCAUAUCCGCGGAAUUAUAAGAGAAAUGUUUUAGCUCAAUUCGUGUAAAUUAUAUUGAUUACGAGUUAUUAUUGUAGUAUCACUAACUUUAUCAAGAACGAAUUAAUAUUGUAACGAAGAAUAGGCAAACAGCAAGCAAUGUCACGAAUUUGUUUGUGGGGCGAACUUAGUGUUUAAUAUUAUAUGUGUACUAUAUCUCCAGUAAUGGCAGUUUCCAUUACGUCAUUCGAUUUUUUAUUAAAUAAAUAGUGAUGUACAUUAAAUAUACAACAGUGUUGUGCUAGCUCCCUAAAUUCACUCAUAAUCUGAGAGGUUUUUAUAAAGAUCUAUAUGUCGAAUCACGUUUUACAUACAUAGAAAUAUAAGCAGUAAUUUCAAGUAUAAUAGGUGUACAUUCACGAAUUUUUUAUUGGUUUUUUAUAUAAAUCUUUAUCAGGUAUUUUACAAUUUAUACUAUAUACAUACAAUGAGCCAUAAAAUGAAUUGUUAUUAAUUAUAGCAGGAUACUAUUACUAUUGUCACACUAUGUUAACUCAUAUUGUUUACAAUUAUACUCAUUGUUCACUGAACUAUACAUUGUUAUUAUGCAACUGUUAAAUAUUUCUGUAUUUAUAUAAGGUCGGUUCAUAUCAGUCAAUUAUAUAAUGUUUAUAUCACCGAAAAA